AUGACCGCAGUUUCAGUUACCGGGACAGCUGGUGUCCAGCCACCGUCUGCCGUUCCCGGGGAGGAUGUUGUAGUGUCACCAGAUCUGGAGCUGCUCUGUCGGAUGCAGGGCAUGAACCCGAACCCUGUAAACAAACUCCAAGCCCCAGACUUCAAUUUCUUACAGGAGUUGGCAAAGCUGCCCGUCGAUCCCACCACAAUUCCAGGAGGCACCGAUGUCCAGGCUAUGCGUUACUGGAUCGACAAUGUCUUCUUGAAAGGACCUCUCGCUGAACACAGAGCCAGAUGUGACAUUCAACGUCGACAACCUGAAGCCAAGAUCGACAUCAGCGAGGUGUUCGUGCAGUGCUCAGACGGAGGCCGGGACACGUUUGUCAUACGGGUAUAUCAGCCCGAGAAGUCUUCGAAGCAGCUGAGACCUGCAAUACUCAUGCUCCAUGGCGGCGGCUGGAUCCAUGGCAAACCUUCUGGCGACGAAGUCAUAUCGAAAUUGUUCUCGUCUGAGCUGGGUGCUGUCGUUUUGGGCGUCGAUUAUAGACUUGCUCCCGAGAACCCAUUUCCAGCCCCUUUAGACGACUGUAACGAAGCGAUUGUAUGGGCGAUCCGGAACGCUGAAAGAUACCAAAUCGAUACCUCGCGCAUCGCACUAUGGGGUGCUUCAGCAGGCGGAAAUCUUGCGGCUGCUGUCAGCAUUAGAUACACCCAAGAGCGUCCAGUGACGGGAUAUCCCAGUCUGCGGUUGGUGAGCCUCGUGGUCCCUGUGACUGCACACCCAAAGGCACAAGAAGCAUUCAACAAACAACGUCCUUUCGAAAGCAGUAGCAUCGAAGAGGAAGUCGCAGACGUGCCACCGGCUCCGGAGCCGGUGGUGAAGGAGUUCGAGAAAUUAUAUGACCUCUAUGUUGGCGACUCGACCGAUAUAUACGAUCCUCUUGUAUCUCCUCUGAUGGCCAAAGCCAUCCCACAACACCCCAAGACCCACGUCACAGUUGCCGCCUGCGAUUAUUUGAUGCCUCAAGGUCUGGCGUACGCCCAGCUUCUUCGCUCAUUUGGCACAGAGGUCACCGAAGAAAUCUUACCUGGUGUUCCCCAUGGCUUCACUUUUCCAAUGAACGCCACGGUGACAAAGAAGUGGCUUGAGAACCAAAGAGACAUCUUUAUGGCAGCGUUCGGCUGUGCGGACGUUGAUUCGAAGUAG